AUGUCUUCUAAGCACUUGUUGCUCUUGAUCCUCAGCUUGGUGGCCCUCGCCGCCCCAGCCCUAGCUGAGUACGCCAUGCCACCCGAGCACGGCAAGCACAGGCCCCACCACCAUGGGGCCAUGCCGCCCGCUUGGGCACCACACCACGGGCAUGAGCCGCACCACAGGCCUGGCGCCCCAGGGCCAAGGCAUGAGCUUUUGGAGAAGCCGCUCCCAGGCCACCACCACCCGCCAGCCAACGCCCCCUUCCCGCAUCACGGUCACCACCCAGCUCAUGCGCCAUUCCCGCACCAUGGCCACCACCAUGGAGCGCACCCGCCAAUGGAGAGCGGCAAGGGCCCUCACAAGCCGCACAUGCCACAUGCGCCGGCUCCCGGUCAUCCCUACUGA